GGUGUAGAAGAUUCAUCUGGUAAUUAAUUUAAUUAAAUAUAGUUUUUGGACUCUUUUGGGGAUUCUCCAUCAGCAUCUUUUUUCCUUACAAGCUGUGAAGUGUGAAGGGACAACGACGACGACGAAGAAGAAGAAGAAGAAAAAGCUGUAAUAAACUGAGAAUGGAGAUCAAGGAGCGUAAGAAACUGAUUUUCCGGUCCACUCCAUGGAUCGUCUUGAUCGUGCUUUUCUUCUUCUAUGUUGACCUCUUGUUGGAAAACAGGAUUCAUUUCGAACAGCGUUUCUGGUAUGCUACCGGGGACGUGUCUGGUUCAGGCAGCCGCCGGAUUGUCGAAGGACAACAGGAUGUCCUGGAUUCACUUCUGGCCAGAUUAGUCAAAGAGGACCGCCGAAAUUUCGAAGCCACCGGAUUUGCGUGCAAUUCUGAAAUUCCGUCGAUUCACUGCGUCGUCGAUCGACCUGUCAGGAUCGACGCCGGAACGAUGACGGUUUUCGUCCCCUCCGAUCAUCCGCCGGCGCCGGAGGAAAUCGCCGUUCGUCCGUACGCCCGGCAGGAAGACCAAGUGCUGAUGAAAUCAGUAUCGCCGGUGAAAAUUCUCCGGGGGAAUCUCAGCGCGCCGGCCUGCAAAUACAACCACCGCGUCCCCGCCGUGGUCUUCUCCUCCGGCGGAUUCGUCGGAAAUGUCUUCCACGAAAUGAACGAAAUCAUAAUCCCUCUUUACAUCACCACCAGGAUGUUCCAAUCCCGCGCCGUCUUCGUCCUGGAGAAUUACAACCCCAAAUUCGCCGACAAGUACGAGGAAAUCCUGUCGGGGCUGACGUCGCACGACAUAAUCGACCCCGCCGCGAACACGAGCGUCCACUGCUUUCCGGCGGCCGUCGUCGGGCUGAAGUUCCACGGCCACCUCGCCGUGAACUCCGGCGACAUUCCGACGGGGCUCACCAUGGGCGGUUUCCGUCAGUUCCUCCGGGAAACGCUGAAUCUGAAACACCGCCACGUGGCGCAAAUCCGACGGCCGACGGCGAUGCUCCUGUCGCGGCGGACAUCGAGGAGGAUCAUUAACGAGGACGAGGUGGUGACGACGAUGCAAGAAUUAGGGUUUCGAGUGAUCGUCGUCGCCAGAGCCAAAAUUCUAUCAAAUUUAAAAUCCUUCGCCCGCCUCCUCAACUCCUGCGCCGUUUUCGUUGCGGCGCACGGCGCCGGUCUGACGAACGAGCUGUUCCUGCCGGACGGCGCCGUCGUGGUGCAGGUGGACCUGAUCGGCCUGAACUGGGCGGCGGCCACCUACUACGGCGAUCCAGCACGUGCAAUGCACGUGCGCUACCUCCGGUACAAGAUUGAGCCUGAGGAGAGCUCGCUGCUGAAAAUCUUCGGCGGAAGAGAUCACAUAGCGUUUUCCGAUCCGAAAUCGGCUUUUCCGGUGGAGGUAGGGAAGGAGGUGUACCUCAACGGUCAGAAUGUUAGAAUUAAUAUUACGAGGUUCAGACACACCAUGGUCGAAGCUUUGAGCCUUGUCCGAGAAUCUUCGCCAUUGUAGCAUAUGAGAUUUUAAUUUAUUCCAACCUUUCAUUUAUUCAUUUCUUUGUAUUGGUCUGUAACUGUAAGAAAAAUUUUCAGAUUGUAAUUCAAUGAAUUCGUUGUUAAUGGCAGAGAUUGGUCUGCUAAUUAAUUAAUUCUGAGCUUUGGGGAA